AUGUUGAAGUCAACAAAACCUCCAUUUCCAUCCAAAACCAAAUUUUCUCUAUGGUUCCUUCGUUCAUUCAAUUCUUUGCUUUCACCUGGGUCACCUAAACAAAUAGAAACCCAUCCUUCCCAUUCACAUCAAUAUAACUGUCAAAAAUACUUCCUUUUCUCAUUCUUAAACGAAAACCCAACAAAUCGAAGAGUCCCAAAGCAAGUUCAUUCUCACUUACUCACAACUGCCUCUUUUUCCCAAUCUGUUAGACUCUUCAAUGCUUUACUUAGAUGCUAUUCUGUUUGUGAAAAUCCCAAAGAUGCCAUCUUUCUUUACCAACAAGUCCAAACCUUCUACCUUUACUUAAAAUUUGAUAGCUUUACUUAUGCUUUCCUUAUUAAAGCUUGUGCUAGUUUAGCUGACCUAGCUUUAGGCAAACAGUUUCAUGGGGUUGAAAUAAAAAUGGGUUUUGAGUCCCAUCUUUAUGUGCAAACCGUGCUGGUUAACAUGUAUGUAGAAAGUGGGGGGUUGAUUGAGUGUAAGAAAGUGUUUGAUGAAAUGCCUGAGAAGAAUCAUGUUACUUGGAAUGUGAUGAUCACUGGCUUGGCUAAGCAAGGAGAUAUCGAGAUUGCACGUUUUUUGUUCGAAGGGAUGCCCGAUAGGAAUAUUGUUUCAUGGAGUGGGAUGAUUGAUGGAUACACUAGGAUGAACAGGCAUAGGGAAGCUUUACGUUUGUUUCGAAGAAUGGUUGCCGAUGUUGGGGUUGAUCCUAGUGAAAUAACACUCUUAGCUAUUUUGCCAGCUGUUUGGAACAUUGGAGAUGUCAAGAUGUGCCAAUUGAUUCAUUGUUAUGGAUUGAAAAGAGGGUUUCUUCUGUCCGACAUUCGUGUCAUGAAUUCGCUUAUAGACGCAUAUGCAAAAUGCGGUUGCAUAGUAAGUGCAUCGAGGUUUUUCGAAGAUAUUUCAAUGACUACUAGAAAUUUGGUUUCAUGGACAUCAUUGAUAUCAGGUUUUGCAAUGCAUGGGAUGGGGAAAGAAGCUGUUGAGAGCUUUGAAAGGAUGGAGCAAGAUGGUUGGAAGCCAAAUAGGGUCACUUUUGUGUGUGUUUUAAAUGCUUGUAGCCAUGGAUGUCUGGUUGAGGAAGGGCUCAAUUUUUUCGAAAAGAUGGUUAAUGAGUAUCGAAUCUCGCCUGACAUUAAGCACUAUGGGUGUUUGGUGGACAUGUUGGGGAGGGCAGGGAGGUUGGAAGAAGCCGAACAGAUUGCUCUACAGAUUCCUUGUGAGAUAUCAAAUGAAGUGGUUUGGAGAAUACUGCUCGGUGCUUGUAGCUUUUACGGUAAUGUCAAGAUGGGUGAGAGGGUGACAUCGAAGAUAAUGGAGACCGAGAAGAGAUAUGGAGGUGACUAUGUUCUUAUGUCGAAUAUCCUUGCGGGUGCCAGAAGGUUCGCAGAUGCUGAGAGCUUGAGGACAUUGAUGGAGAAGAGGAAUGCCAUCAAAGUUGCUGGGUCUAGUGUGACCUGAGACCUUGGUGUCUAAUACUCUAAUGUGUAACCAUAGUUGUUGAUGAUGAUUCAUCCCUUGUACUGCAGUUUCAGUUUCAACAAAUUCAUCU